CCAUAUGAUAGGCUGUUCCCACUUCCUCCAAUUGCUGCAGAGGACGUUUGUUUUAGCAGGCUUCAGAAAGUCAUCAAUCCUAAUAACCAAGUGCCUUCCAUAAUUCUUGACACAACCAUGUUGCCUCCAUAGAUGUUUGACUUCAUUCAGUGUAAACGAAUGGUUAGAAUAGGCUAUGUAGUCCCCAAAAGGAUAUUUUCCCCUGCAGAAUAGAACCAU